CUAGAGCGAGCUGCGGCCGCGCCCGCCGUGUCGCGCCUCGCUUGCUGCUCGGAGCGCCGCCUUCCCCAGCCGCUCGGAGCCGCCGCGAUGGCGGAGGACAGCGAGUCUGCGGCCAGCCAGCAGAGCCUAGAGCUGGACGACCAGGACACGUGCGGAAUAGACGGAGACAAUGAGGAGGAGACGGAACACGCCAAAGGAAGCCCUGGAGGAGAUUUGGGAGCAAAAAAGAAAAAGAAGAAACAGAAGAGAAAAAAGGAGAAGCCAAAUUCUGGGGGUACCAAGUCCGACUCUGCAUCUGACUCCCAGGAGAUUAAAAUCCAGCAGUCUUCAAAACACAACGCCAUCUGGCAGCAGAUUUCAGCGGGAGCAGCCAUGGGUGGUGAUACUAUGGAAGGUGAAUGGAUAGAUUUAAGAAUGUAUCAUAAGAAUCCCACCAUCCCUAUUCAGAAGCUACAGGACAUCCAGAGAGCAAUGGAACUGCUGUCUGCAUGCCAAGGCCCAGCCAGGAACAUUGAUGAGGCCACAAAACGCAGAUACCAGUUCUGGGACACACAGCCAGUGCCCAAAUUGAAUGAAGUCAUAACAUCUCAUGGUGCAAUUGAACCGGACAAAGACAAUAUCCGCCAGGAACCAUAUUCUUUGCCACAAGGUUUUAUGUGGGACACUUUAGACUUGAGUAAUGCCGAAGUGCUGAAGGAGUUGUACACAUUGCUGAAUGAGAAUUACGUGGAAGAUGAUGACAACAUGUUCCGCUUUGACUAUUCGCCUGAGUUUCUCUUGUGGGCUCUGCGUCCCCCAGGCUGGCUUCUGCAAUGGCACUGUGGAGUCAGAGUGUCUUCAAAUAAAAAGUUAGUAGGUUUCAUAAGUGCCAUUCCAGCAAACAUCCGAAUUUAUGACAGUGUGAAGAGGAUGGUAGAAAUCAACUUUCUUUGUGUCCAUAAGAAACUGAGAUCAAAACGGGUGGCCCCAGUGUUAAUUCGAGAAAUAACUAGAAGAGUGAACCUAGAAGGAAUCUUUCAGGCUGUGUAUACUGCCGGAGUGGUCCUUCCUAAGCCGGUGGCCACAUGCAGGUAUUGGCACCGAUCCCUAAACCCCAGGAAACUGGUGGAAGUGAAAUUUUCUCACUUGAGUAGAAACAUGACCUUACAGAGAACAAUGAAGCUUUACAGACUUCCAGAUGUUACAAAGACUUCAGGCUUGAGACCAAUGGAACCAAAAGAUAUCAAAGCAGUCCGAGAGCUAAUCAACAGCUACUUGAAGCAGUUUCAUCUGGCUCCAGUGAUGGAUGAAGAGGAAGUGGCCCACUGGUUCCUCCCCAGGGAGCACAUCAUUGACACAUUUGUAGUGGAGAGCCACAGUGGAAAGCUAACUGACUUCCUGAGCUUCUACACGCUCCCCUCCACGGUUAUGCACCACCCCGCUCACAAGAGCCUCAAGGCUGCGUACUCCUUCUACAACAUUCACACAGAGACACCCCUGCUGGACCUCAUGAACGACGCGCUCAUUAUAGCCAAGCUGAAAGGAUUUGAUGUAUUCAAUGCACUAGAUCUGAUGGAAAAUAAGACCUUCUUGGAAAAACUCAAGUUUGGUAUAGGAGAUGGCAACUUACAGUAUUAUUUGUACAACUGGAGGUGUCCAGGAACAGACUCUGAAAAGGUUGGACUUGUUCUACAGUAGAUGGAUAUGUUAUUUCUAGAAGGCUGAUGUUCUCAUUUGUUAAUAUUCUAUUUAGUGAUUCCUGGAACUGUCAUUCCAAAGAAGAAUAAAAGCACAAGUUGAGUGAAAUUGAAGUCGUCACUAACAAUCAGCAUAGAUGGCCAAUAGUACACAGUUCUAGUUAGGAUUUUGAGAGCCAGUCUCUGCUGUUGACUGAUGUGUGGGAGGGAUGAAGGGGUCCACAGAGCACUCACAAUAGAGGGAGGAGGUUGUCUUUCUACUCUGGAAGUGGGACUGUUUCUCUGUGAACCAAACAGAAGUGGCAGUGUCAUGUUAAGAAAACCUGUGCUGGUAGGAGAGUCACUGCUACUUUUUUGUUUAAGUGGUGAUACACCUGUAAACCCGAACAAGGAUCCAUAUAUGUAUCACCUUACAUGAUGCUACUGGGAAUGCUUAUAGAAAUGACACGCGGUAGAUAUUUAACGUAUGGAGCAAUAUGAAAAUGUACCAGUGACUUAGCACAUUUAUUAUUCCGUAAGCGUAGUAGCCAAAUCAGCAAAUACACCAGUCUAUCCCAUAAGCAUAGUAGCCAAAUCAGUACAAAUACAGGCUUGUCCUCUGCUCUUCAGCAGGCCAGUGGAUUGUUUCAAAAGCAGAGUUUGGGGCAAAUGUUCAGUGUGCUCAGUAGAGUGCACAGCUGACUGAUGAGACCUUGCGGCUGCUGCACAAUCUCAUUUCUCAGCAAUGUCAAGGAUAUAUGAGGGAAAGGAAGUUAAAAGGCUCUAUGGUCAGAUUAAAUGCCCAGAGGAGUGUAGUUGUGCUGUCAGCACACAGAUAGUCUGAAUGUUUUUAUUAUGCAAAAUUGCACAUGUUCCUUUAUGCUGACUUUAAUUUAUCAUGAAAAUUGUCAUGCUAAUGGAAAAUGUCUACUUGUAAAUAAGUAUUCAUAAUUUUGUUACUGAUGUUGUUUUUACCUAGAAUUUGAAAAUCAAAAGUUUCACAGUGUACAUAUAUGUGUAUAUGCUGCCACUAAUCCAAGGGAAAAUAAAAUACGAAACAAGGCCAUUGUAUAGACUGGGCCUGAGUCAGAUGCCACAAUGUAGAUCCUCUUCCUGCCUUUACUACAGUGCCUCCACUCCAGUCCAGAACACUACUGCACACAACAUGGCAUUUCCUUCCCUAUUGGAAAGGAGUCACUAAAUGUGACCUGUACAGCU